ACUUAAGUAGCAGACUUAAUGUUACAGAUCUUAUGACAUAGGUACCACAAGUCAAAACUGACAACUGAUGUCUUUUGGCAAACAAUAUAGUACAUUAGUAAAUUAAAAAAAAAAUGGGAGAAAUUACAAUUUAUUAAAGAAAAUACCUUGUGGGUUCUUUGAAAUAAUACUUUCUAAAUCUAAUUAGAAGUGACGUUAAUUUAAGACGGCGCCAACGUCGAAAUAAAAUAGAAAAGAAAACAAAAUUACAACGAUUUUGUUGACGAUGGCAGAAGGAAAGCAGUUAAUUAAAGAAUGGCUUAAUGAGUACACAACUUUGCAAGAACAUGAAAUAAAAAGUUUUGCAGCUGAACAUGAGCAUAAUCAUGAAAUUGCAACAGCAAUAUUUAAUUUAUUGAACAGUGAUGAUGAAAGUGUACAAUCAUCUAGUACUAGUCCAGAAAUUGAUGAAGAGAUGCUGGAAAAUGUUUGCAUGCAAUUAUUUAGUUUCUACAGAUCUAAAGAGAUUGAACUGCAAAGGUUUACAUUACAAUUUGUACCUGUGUUUAUUUAUAUCUACCUAAAAGCUGUUGCUAUUGGCAAUUCUAAAUCAAUUAGACCAAUUGAAACUCUACUUAUUGGCUUAUACAAUUUUGAAGUUGUUGAUGAAAAUGGAAAACCUAAAGUGGUAUCUUUCAGAUUACCUUCUCUAGCACAAAAUUCAAUAUAUCAUGAGCCACUCAGUCUAGGGUCUCAAUUUUUAACUGAGAGUGCACUGCGAAGAUGGGAAGAAUGCAACACAAAACUUGUCAGUUGGGGACCACUUCCACAAGUAGAAGUUAUCAAUGCACAAAACCGAUUAAAAGUGAUGGCAGCACUUCUAUUUGUUUAUAAUAGACAACUCAGCUUAUUACCUAAACUUGCCUUGAGACAUUUCUGCAUUGCAGCAUCUAGAAUUGUAACUCAAGGUUUUAAAAAAAAAGGAUCUUUACCUAAUGCAAAAUCUAUUCAAAGAAUUCCAGUAACAUCAAAUUUUUUGCUGGAAAUGAUAGAAGGGGCAUAUUUUGCAAUGUUUAAUGAGUUUUAUACAUUAGCUCUGCAAGCAGUGACAGAUAUAGAUGAGAGGGCACAGUAUGAGCUAUUUCCUGAUGUAAUGUUGGUCACAAGUGCUGUGAUUAAUUCAUUAAAAAGUAAUCCUUCAGGCCAACCCUGUGAUGGACCAAUGGGGAUAAGUGUAGCAUUGUCGCCUGCAACAACUACUGUGACAAUGUCCAAAUCAAUGAUUACAAAUGCUUCAUUCCGUACUAAAAAACUACCAGAUGACAUUCCAAUUCAAGCUGGUCAAACAGUUCCAACCGAAAACACAGAUAUGUUGACAUCAAUUAUAGAAGAAGGGGAAGUGGACAAUGCGGCCCAUAUGCAAAGGGGAGCUGCAGUACGAAAUUCUAAACCGAAACUAAGUUCCUUUCCAGUUCUAGGCAAAAAGACAAAAGAUGUUAAAAAUACUACCAUAACAGAUAAAAAGAGUAAUACCAAAGAGUCAAAAGGCAUGUGGAAUGCUAUUAGUGGAGGGGGUGAUAUGGUUGAUUCACAACAGAAAACAGACAAUUCCCUUGAUGGCAGUCAAAAAGACGAUAUUUCAAUGGGAUCUGUACACAACAGCACAGAAACAUCAGAUUCGCGUUCACAAAUUACUACUGAUUCUUUAGAUAUAGAAACUAGCUCUCGUUUCACUGCCAUGCAAGUUAGUUCUGUGUAAAUAAAAAAUGUGUAUUUUAUAUAAAACAUUAACUUAUGUGUUGAAAUUUAAGGAUAAACUUCCGUGUAGCCAAUACCUCCAAACAACCUGAAUUUUGGCUCACAUACAAUGCAUAUUAGCCUGCAUUGAUGAAUAUAAUUCUCAAAAUACCUGCAUAUUGUAUUUUUCAAGUUUAUUUUGCUGAUUUAAUUGCUUGUUAGGAAAGUAGCUUGUAAUUGUAAAUGGAGAGGAAAGAAAGGAGAAGGGGGGCAACAACUACUAUCCGUUUCUGGCAGUCGCCGGUGGCUGCGGAAUGCUCGUUGCACUCGCUCGGCUUGUGCGAUGUAGUAACUAAAGUUUAACCUAAAAUAACCAAUUUUAUGUUUAUAUUUAUUUUUAAAUAUGACUCCAAAAAUGUUAAGCUUUUAAGAAAUUUUGAAAGAAUAGAAAAAAAAUUGAUCACGAGGCGGGAUUCGAACCCGCGUCUUUUUGCCAACCGUAGCAAGUAACACAGUAAACCGUUAAAAAUUAAAACUUUUUACGUUUCAUUUCACUCUUAUUAAUUUGAAUUUUACAGCUAUGUCCCGCCGCCAUUCCAACGUGCAUGUAGCCUUUUAUUUAUCGUAGUUUAUUUUUCAAUAAUUGAACCUUGAAAAAUUAGUUGCGGAUAUUUUAAAUAUGAUAUUCUUCAUAUCUUGUCUUAAUCCAUAUGUGUGUCAAAAUUCCGAUCGAUCGUAGGUAUUUACUUAACGGAAGUACACCUAAAUUUAAUCGAGUAUUAUGCAAUUAAUUAUAAUGGGGAAUGUGCAUCACUUAUAGCUUAGAAAUUAAAACCUAUGUAUUUUGAAUGGUUUCGACUUUAUAUAAAUUUUUAAGUAACCUUCUCCUUAAUUAUGUAAAUAUGUUACAAUACAGAGGUAGGGUUCCAUGUAUUAAAUUUCUCCUAGUUAUUUUAGAAACAUGGUAAUAAUAAACGUAUAUGAAAUGUUGCAUCAAUGGA